UUGGCACUUCGCUCAACGGGCUUACAUACAUUUUCUUCAAAUUGGGAUAACUAAUAAAAAUGUGUUUUUAUUUAAAGAUUUCUUGCACAACGUGUUAAUUCAAUUGGAAGCGACAACGUCAAGUAAACAACCAUUGUCUGCAUACCUGUGGCUCCGAACGGUGCUCUCUGGGUGCUUUGUGAAGCCUGAAUGCCUUCUUUGAUAACUCCACAUGCAUGCCAUGAAUGCCUACCGAAACGAGGGCAUUAUGCUGGCCAGCUCUGCUUUGUGCACGAAUGUGUGCUCUCUCCACACACAACACACAACGGCGAGUUUAACUUCUUUGCGGUGAGUCUUUAUCAGUAACCGCGCCAUGGUGAUGGCUCAGCGCUUCUACAGUCGCAAUCGCGAUGAUCCCGUCGACAAGAAAGCGUCAGCGGUAACAAAACUGCUGUCCGACCAAGAUUCCAACCUACCUGCCACAGUAACCGUGCCCGACGUAUGGCCACAUGUUCCGCUGCUAGCCAUGCGUAAGAAUCCCUUGUUUCCCCGAUUCAUGAAGAUUGUGGAGGUGUCCAACUCAAUUGUUAUGGAUCUGCUGCGUCGCAAAGUUAGCCUUAAUCAGCCCUACGUUGGGGUUUUCCUCAAGAAAGUCGACGGGGAAGAGGAGGUCAUCCAGAGCCCGGAUGAGGUCUAUCACCUGGGCACUUUUGCACAAAUCCAAGAGGGUCAGGAUUUGGGCAAGAUGCGCAUGGUGGUGGUGGCCCAUCGUCGCAUACGCAUCACAGGACAUAUGAUCGAGGAUCUGCCACAUCCAAAAAAUGAAGCCGCGGCCUGUCCAACCGCAUCACGAACCGCUGCCGGAACACAAAAAGACUAAACCUCCAAAAUU